AUGGCCAGACGCUACAAGUGCUUGGAGUGUGGGAAGAGCUUCAGCCAGAGGAAAACCCUGAUCUGCCACCAGAUGAUCCACACUGGGGAAUGGCCCUACGAGUGUGGGGAAUGUGGGAAGGGCUUCAGCUACAACUCCCACCUCAUCGUCCACCAGCGCAUCCACACUGGGGAGAGGCCCUACGAGUGUCCCGAGUGUGGGAAGAGGUUUCGGGUCAGCUCCACUCUCCUUGUGCACCAGCGGAUUCACACGGAUGAGAGGCCCUUCCGCUGCUCCGAGUGUGGGGAGGGCUUCAAGCACAACUCCACCCUUGUCACCCACCGGCGCAUCCACACUGGGGAGAGGCCCUACGAGUGUCCCCAGUGUGGGAGGAGCUUCACCCAGAGCUCUAACUUGACCAGACACCAACGGAGGCACCAGUAAGGGAAGCCCUGUAAAUGCCCCAAAGUGAACGAAGAGCUUUCUACACAGCUCCAGCUUCAUCCCCCCUUGGCGAAUCCACAUUGGG